AUGGCUUCAUCACUUCUCCAAAAUCUCCAUCUUCUGCUACUCAUCUUUCUAACAUUCAUCCCUCUCAGAUGCAUAGCAGAAGAAGAUCAUCGAGAGAUAUAUUUAGUCUUGACAGAAGGAGACCCCGUUGCAUUUCAUCAUGGCAACAACAUGAAACUUGAAAAAGGGAAGAAGCUUGAUCCUAGCUGUGAGAGUUUAAAGGCUUAUGCAAAAAAGUUGACAGAAUCCCAUGAUGAGUUGUUAGAGGUGAGUUUGGAUAGGGGAAGCUAUAACAAGGUUUACAGCUUCAAACACAUUGUAAAUGGCUUUGCAGUCCACACAACUCCUUCUCAGGUGGAGAAGGUGAAGAGAUUGCCAGGGGUGAGGUUAGUGGAAAAGGACAGAAGGGUUAAGCUCAUGACAACCUACACUCCACAGUUUCUAGACAUGGCAUCAGCAUGGAGCCAAGAAGGGGGAGACAGAAAUGCAGGUGAAGGUGUAGUUAUUGGAUUUGUGGAUUCUGGCAUCAAUCCAUUGCACCCCAGCUUUGGCUAUGAUCCUGCAAAUCCGUUUUCGUCGAAAGUAUCCCAUUUUUCUGGGGACUGUGAGGCAGGCCCUCUCUUUCCUAAGACUGCCUGCAAUGGGAAGAUUGUGUCUGCUAGGUUUUUCUCAGCUGGUGCACAGGCUGCUGCCACCCUUAAUGCCUCCAUUGAUAUUCUAUCUCCUUUUGAUGCUGAUGGCCAUGGAAGCCAUGUUGCUUCAACUGCUGCUGGGAAUUUUGGAGUUCCUGUUGUGGUGGAUGGCUUUUACUAUGGAACAGCGAGUGGAAUGGCGCCUCGAGCAAGGAUUGCUGUUUAUAAGGCUAUUUAUCCAACAGUGGGAGUUCUCUCAGAUGUCUUAGCAGCUAUUGAUCAAGCUGUGAUAGAUGGAGUGGAUAUCUUAUCACUCUCAGUAGGUCCAGAUGAGCCACCAGAAGAGGCUCUCACAUUCUUGGCACUGUUUGAGAUCUUCAUGUUGGCUGCACAUAGGGCUGGAGUUUUCGUCGUUCAAGCUGCUGGGAACCACGGGCCUGGUCCUUACAGCGUGAUCUCUUACAGCCCGUGGUCUGUGGGGGUUGCAGCCUGUGACACGGACAGAAGUUUCCCCGGGACUCUCAUUCUUGGCGACGGUCACAAGAUCAGUGGAAUAGGCUUGUCAGGCUCGACGUUGGGUAGUGGAGUUCUUCGACAUAAGCUCGUUCUUGCCAAGGAUGCAGUAAGGAUAAACGGGGCGUUUCCCAGAACUGCAGAGUACAUAGAGGAGUGUCAGUAUCCAGAGGCAUUAGACCCUUCUGUUCUGAUAGGAAGUUUGGUGAUCUGCAGCUUCUCAGCUGGUUUUUCCAAUGGAUCAUCAAGCCUAACAGCCAUCACAGAGACAGCAAAGGCUCUUGGAUUCGCGGGAUUUGUAUUUGUUGCGAAUCCAUCCUAUGGAGACUUCAUAGCUCAGCCUCUCCCCUUCCAAAUCCCCGGGAUUAUGAUCCCCAGAGCUGCUGAUGCACAGAUUAUACUGAGCUACUAUGAAAAGCAGACUGCCAGGGACAAGAGAGGCUAUGUAACAAGAUAUGGCGGGAGCGCAGCCAUAACCGAGGGAAGAAUUGCUUCUUACACAACCCGAGCUCCUGUUGUUAGCAGAUUUUCUUCCAGGGGUCCUGAUUUCAGUGAUCAAACCAGGAAUCCAACUGAUGUAUUGAAGCCCGAUUUAUUGGCUCCCGGGAACCAGAUUUGGGCAGCUUGGAGCCCCAUGAGUGUUGCAGAUCCCAUUCUAUCUGGACAAAACUUCGCUCUCAUCUCGGGGACAAGCAUGGCGACGCCACAUGUUGCUGGCGUGGCAGCGCUCAUCAGGCAGCAAAAUCCGUCGUGGACACCGUCCAUGAUAGCGUCGGCCUUGUCAACCACUGCCACCACUCAAGACAAUCUUGGAGAAACCAUGAUGGCUCAAGGAUCUGAGCUCUACAGCCUGCACACUUCUGCUCCCUUCGGUUUUGGCUCGGGCCUUGUCAAUCCCUCCCGGGCACUAGACCCGGGGCUGGUCUUCUCAGCCGGCUUCAAGGACUACAUUGGGUUCCUAUGCUCCCUCCCCAACAUUGAUCCUGAAGUGGUGAAAACCGCGACUGGGGGAAUCUGUGGUGGCAUUUUUUUCGAGCACCCUUCUGACCUGAACCUGCCUUCAGUGACUAUUUCAGCUCUAGCUGGAUCACGGCUGGUCCACCGGAGGGUCUUGAACGUUGCCAGCAAACCCGAGAGCUACCUGUGUGCCGUGCUGCCUCCAAAAGGAGUGGCGGUCGAUAUACAGCCAUCUUGGUUCAGAAUACCCCCACAAGGAACUCAAGAUCUGCAGAUAAGGUUUAAUGUGAGCCUGCCAAGUAAUGACUUCUGCUUUGGUGAAGUUACCUGCACUGGAAGCUUGAAUCAUAUCAUGAGGAUUCCCUUGUCAGUUUUGCCCAUCUCUGCAUCCCAAACCGAAUAA